ACUGUUUUCUGAUUGCUAUGUGAUCCGAAGGUUUCGCGUACCCUUUCCUGAGAAUUUUUUAGUCAAUACAGAACCCUAACUUUUGUCCCGAUGAUUCAAUCUCUGUGACUCUGAAUCUCUGAUAUUUAGGAAUGAUAUGCAUUCACGUAGAAGUCUAGUGGAUAUUAAACGGAUCGUAGUGGCCAGGAUCUCCGUCAUUCAUCCUUCUCAGUUGUCGAUGUUUGUCACUCGAAUAAACUUUACUCUGAUUUGGCUUGCGCACAUGGGGCUAGACUGGAUUGCCUCUUCUGAUCCGAUUGCUUAUUUACAAUGUUGUCUGUUCCCUGUGUGGCACUCGCUGAUGACCUUGGGUUCUAACUUCCGAGACAGGGGUGAUAUUGAAUCCUUCGCCAACGGAAGGUGAUUGUGCUCACGACUACAGCUGUUUGAAUAGGCGUUUGAGUAGUAUUUGGUGCACCAAUUUUUUUAAUAGAUUGCUAAGUGCAUGAAGCUGGCUAGCCAAAUCGCCAAAUGCUUGUUGGUUGAUUGUUGUUGAACUCAGAGCCAACAAAAGUUGUCUCCAAACUUGAUAUGAACAUCAUUGUUAGUUUGUUAUAGUUGUCACCAUCUGCGGCGUUUGAUUGGUGGUGUGGAUUGUUGAACCUUAAGUUGGCUUAAUGUGCUCCAGAAUUUGAUUCCCUGGGACCAUCUCUUGAUCUCAACGAGGCUCUCCUAGUGCCAAAAUGUUUGAAAUGAGUUUACGGGGUCAGUACUAAGCCUUGCCUCAAGAGGAUAUCAUAUCCUGGAUUGGACUGACUCAGAAGAUUCCUCCCUUCAACAGUCUCAAUAGGAUCCAAUUUUUGAUGCCAAAGUCAACCCCAUAUUACAAGAAUAAGUGAGUUAGGGUAGCAAUGCCCGGUGUAUCCGGUAGACAAGUCUCACUAUUAACAAGCUUGACUUCCUUGUGUUAAGUGUUGAUGUGGGUUAUCAACAACAAUUAGAUUGGUCAAUGAUAUCAAUGGACACCAAUGAUCAACAUGGAAGAGAUCAACUGCAGGAGCUAACCCCCUCGGUCUUGGAGGUGCUAGAAUUCUCAUACUGGAUUAGCAAGCUGUAUCAAUUUAUGGUGUCUACAUAGUGAUCACUUACACCCAAACAGAUUGAGGACCUCUAACCAUUAUGAUUUGCUGGAAAAUGUCCCCAGCAGCUGUGCUGUUACCAUGGCAGAAUACUGUUUUCAUAAUUUCACGUUGACUUUUACAUGAAGUUCUUAAAGUGCAUGUUCAGUUACAUUCAUGGGUAACCAUCAUUCAGAUUCUUAUGUGAUGAAGAAGAAUGGCUCUUCUUUUGUCAUGGAUUCUUUUAUUUGGUAAAACGCCUAGUGCCAGAAGAUGAAAUCGGAUGAUAUCAUUGGCCUUGAACCAUCUCCUGCAAGUGAAAACAAUGAUAAAGAGAAUCACGAUGAUUCUAAAGGACAUGGUGUAGAAGGAGAUGAUCCUAAUGUGCUAGAUAUGGACAUUGAAGAAGACAUAACCUCACAACCCUCCAUUCUGUAUGAGGGAGCUGAAUUAUUUGGUCACACAACAGAAGAACAAUUGAAAGCUAGGCCCAAUAAAGACAUGGAUUCGGAUUCAGGCAGUGACACUAAAAUAGACAGUGCAACUACCAACAACACUGUGAACGAUGAAAGUUCUAUAGCAGGAGUGAAAAAAGCUCACGUUGAGAAGCAACCAUAUGUCCGUGUAAUUUUUAACUCAUUGACAAGAGAAAGCAAAAGGAAGCUAAUGGAACUCAUGAAGCAGUGGUCUCAAUGGCAGGCGGAGAACCAGCCUUCAUCAAGCACAACUGGAGACGCAUCCUUAGAAGAUGGCGAAGAGACAUAUUUUCCAGCAAUAGAUGUUGGCUCUAAGAAGUUGAAUACAGUGACUUUUUGGAUAGAUAACCAAGCAAGACAAGAGGUGGAUAAAAAGAAAGUGCUAUUCGAAGCUGAAGUUCCUUUCUAUGACAGAGUGUAUACUUUUGGCUCAAAGAUAGUUGAUGGUUCAAGUGAUGGAGGGAUUGAGACUUCAGAAGGUUCUCGAUGUUUCAAUUGUGGCUCGUAUAGCCACUCGCUUAAGGAGUGUCCAAGGCCACGUGAUCAUGUUGCAAUCAUCAAUGCUCGCAAGAUGCAUAGUAGUUCAAGACAAAAUCCAACUGACCGUGCACAAGCUCGGUAUCAUCAGAAAAUUCCUGGCAAAUUUGAUGAUUUGCAAGCAGGAGUUCUUGGGCCUGAAACACGAGAAUGCUUGGGGAUUGGGGAGUAUGAUCCACCACCUUGGUUUCAUCGGAUGCGUGAAAUUGGAUACCCUCCUGGAUACUUAGAUGAUGACGACGAGAACCAGCCUUCUGGAAUCACCAUCUUUGAUGAUGAGGAGACGAAGGAAAAGUAUGAAGAAGGAGAACUUCCAGAAGAGGGAGAACUUCCAGAACGGAGUGAACCUGAGCCUCCACAGAAAAAGAUGACCGUGGCCUUUCCUGGCAUAAAUGCACCUAUUCCAGAUAAUGCUGAUCCCAAGCUUUGGGCUACUCCACCCACUGGCUCAGGCUCCAACUCAUCGAGAAGUCGAGUCCAUCGAUCCAACCAUUCUUACCACCAUGAGCAAAGGUGGUCUUCAGACAUACGGGAUGACAGCAUGCUCAACUUAGAUCAUAGGCUCCCUUCCUCAUACCGAGGUUAUUCACCAAGGUAUAGCCCUUACGAUCACAACUCUAGACGAAGGAGCCCAAAGUCAGAGAGGUCCGUAUCUGAGAGAGGAUGGAGGAGCCCCUCGUCUCAUGAUAAUUCAACAGCCAACAUUAUUAGGAGCCAUGAGCAUUUGAGCAAUGAGAACUCGAGCAAUCAGAACUAGACUUUUCCUCACAUGAGUGGCAUGAGAAGGAGCAGCAUCAUCACCAUCAUCAUCAGAGGUGAAUUGUUAGACAUUUUUAAAUUGUUAUCAUCCAUUAGUACACUAGCCAUCUCACUUAGUAGGCUAAAAUUUGGUUGAUAUUGUUGUAUCAUCCAUUAGCACACUUAGGAAUGAGCAUUUCCGAUCUCAGGACAUAAUUGAGUUGGUCACCACAUGCUAGAUUUGCAGAAAAAGAAUGAGCAUUUCCACCGUAUUUGUAUGAAUAGGGAAAUGAUCAGGCUAUAACUUUGUGGAUUUUGCUACUGUUACAAUAAUCUUGUGCUAAUUCUAAUAGUAAUAAAAUUUUGCUAUAACUUUGUGGA